CGGCCGAAAGGGACGACGGACCUUUGUCGCGUCGCGUCCAUAUCGCGAGGAUGAGUCACCCUCUCGCGGAAAGUCCGGGUAGAAAAAGAGGCCGGCGAGGUCAAUAUCUGUCGAAUAAUGGUGUUUCAUCCGCGAGAUUUUUUUUCUCGCUCGUCAUCGUCAUCGUCAUCAGUUUCGUCACGAACGGGAGCGCUCCCUCUUUCUCUCUCGCGCGACUCUCGCUCCCUCGCACGCCAGCCGAACGCGAUUGUUUACGCGUACGCGAUUACGCACACACGACUUAUAUGUGCGCUCCCCGUCGCUUUCGUGGCACGACGGACUUUUCGAGGUUAAGCGAACGAGAGAUAGCACAUUUCCCUAAUCGCGACUGCGUAGUAGAAUUUCCGCGAAGCUCUGCCGUUCCACUCGAGCACCGAAGCCGCGAAUCGGGAUAGAUUCGAGAUAACGUAUGAUAGGAUGAAAAAUGAAGUAUGUCAGACACGUUUAAUUAAUAUCCCUCAGUGAAAACGAAGAUGAAUAGUGAGCAGCAUGCAUUGCCAGCGACUACGCAGGCACAACAAGAGGAUGUAAAUGCGGGUCAAAGUGGUCGUCCAUCAUACCCAGGUGGUUUGGCUACUGCGACCGCGAGUCUUGGCAAUGUAGGGAGUACUCCCCAUUCAUCCGCGGACCUGCGUGUAGGUACUGCCGUAGCGUUAGCCUCCUCGGUAGCUAAGUAUUGGGUCCUCAAUCUUCACGGAUUGCUUCCUGGAACGCUACCUCAGGUCUCGGUCUAUCAUUCCCACCACAACUCCUCGCAUAGGAGUGGUGGCGGUGGGGAGGCGUCAUCCUCCAAAGAAUCAGCUUCUUCACUCAACCAGGAAAUGGCGUUGACUUCCAGCUCGCAUCAUCAGCAACAGUCUACAGCCGCGCAUCAUCAUCAUCAGCCAUCGGUUAGCAGCAGCAGCCAUCACAGUUCCCUGCAGUCGAAUCCGCAGAUUCCUGUAUCUCUUCCCGGCCUUAAUUUAGACGGCGCGCAUUUACCGGCGAGCGUUAGUCACCUGCAGGCUGCGCAUGCACAAAUGCAACAACAAAUGCAGGCACAGGCACAGCAACAGCUGCACCAGCAGCAGCAACAGCAGCAAGCACAGGCGCCGCAGCAACAACAACAGUCUCAUCAUCAGAUGCCAAAUCAUCAGAACGCUCAGAACAACGGACCGACAGGGCACAGCCAAAACACUCAGCGAGACGACAACAAAGUCAAGGACGAGGGCGGGAGCUGCACCACCGAGCGCUGCAGCGACAAUCAGGUUCACUGUCAAGUUCAAUGUGAUCUGCAAUUACAACCUCCACAAGAUCUUCAACAGAGCUUGAUGCAACAGCAGCAGCAGCAACAGCAGCAGCAGCAGCAGCAGUCGCAAAUCGGGGUCAACAUCAGCGGGAAUUCCACUACCGAAGGGGGAAGUCAGAACAAUUCUGAGAAGCCGGAGAAAGAAAAGGAAUUGCGGCAGCUGAAUAUGACCCAAUUCCAAGUCCCUGAUUUGAAACCAGGAGGCCACAUGAUGGAUGUGAGAACGGCAGAUGGAUCGGUUGUGAAAAUCAGCGCGGGAAACGAGCAGGAUUUGGCGAAAACUCUCGGCGUCGAAAUGGUACAAAAUAUGUACAAGGUGAACGUUGAAGAUAUUAACCAACUCCUAGCUUAUCACGAAGUCUUUGGAAAGCUACAAAGCGAAAUCGCGGCUGGAACGACUCUAGUGGGUAGCACUGUUCCUACGCAGACAGUUACCACGAUACAGAAUGGUACUCCGAUUGUGCAACAGGUACCACUAAACAAAUUUGACAUAAAAUCGAGUGACGGCGAGGCGACUCCUGGUCCAAGCGCUUCACCCGUGUCGGUUGGCAGUCACGCUUGCGAGAUAUGCGGCAAGAUCUUUCAAUUUCGUUAUCAGCUCAUCGUGCAUCGCAGAUAUCACACCGAGAGGAAACCGUUUACGUGUCAGGUAUGCGGUAAAGCGUUCUCGAACGCAAAUGAUUUGACACGUCACGGCAAGUGUCAUCUGGGUGGAUCCAUGUUCACUUGCACAGUUUGCUUUCACGUUUUUGCGAAUGCACCUUCGCUGGAACGUCAUAUGAAGAGACACGCCACUGACAAACCUUACAAUUGUACAGUCUGUGGUAAGAGUUUUGCACGCAAAGAACAUUUGGACAACCAUACAAGAUGUCACACCGGCGAGACACCAUACAGAUGCCAAUAUUGUUCGAAGACAUUUACCCGAAAAGAACACAUGGUAAAUCACGUUCGCAAACACACUGGUGAGACUCCACAUCGAUGUGAUAUUUGCAAGAAGAGCUUUACUCGCAAAGAACACUUUAUGAACCAUGUUAUGUGGCAUACAGGAGAAACUCCUCAUCAUUGCCAAGCCUGCGGCAAGAAGUAUACACGUAAAGAGCAUCUCGCUAACCAUAUGCGUUCGCACACGAAUGACACACCAUUCCGUUGUGAAAUAUGCGGUAAGUCGUUUACGAGGAAGGAGCACUUCACGAACCACAUAAUGUGGCACACGGGCGAGACGCCGCACCGCUGCGACUUCUGCUCGAAGACAUUCACGCGAAAGGAGCAUCUCCUGAACCACGUUCGCCAGCACACGGGUGAGUCUCCACACCGAUGCGGCUUCUGCUCCAAAUCGUUCACCAGAAAGGAACACCUUGUUAACCACAUCCGCCAACACACAGGGGAGACGCCUUUCCGCUGUUCAUACUGUCCAAAAGCAUUUACGCGGAAGGAUCACCUGGUGAACCACGUCAGGCAGCACACGGGUGAGUCACCGCACAAGUGCCAGUAUUGCACCAAAUCCUUCACGCGGAAGGAACAUUUGACCAAUCACGUGCGUCAACAUACAGGCGAAUCGCCACACCGAUGCCACUUCUGCUCCAAGUCAUUUACUCGUAAGGAGCAUUUGACGAAUCAUGUGCGCAUCCACACUGGCGAAUCUCCACAUAGGUGUGAGUUCUGCCAGAGGACGUUCACUAGGAAAGAACAUCUAAAUAAUCAUCUCCGUCAACAUACCGGAGAUUCCUCGCACUGUUGCAACGUGUGCUCCAAACCAUUCACAAGAAAGGAGCAUCUCGUGAAUCAUAUGCGUUGCCAUACCGGUGAACGUCCAUUCGUGUGCACAGAAUGUGGCAAGAGUUUCCCGUUGAAGGGCAAUCUUCUCUUCCAUAUGCGCUCCCACAACAAGGGCAGCAACGCCGAGAGGCCGUUCCGCUGCGAUCUGUGUCCCAAAGAUUUUAUGUGCAAAGGACACUUGGUCUCGCACCGGCGUUCGCACUCGGACGAGCGGCCGCACAGUUGCCCGGACUGCGGCAAGACCUUCGUCGAGAAGGGAAAUAUGCUGCGACACUUGCGCAAGCACGCGGCCGAAGGACCGCCGACCCAGGUCAGCACGCCGUCGGCGAUACCGCAAGCCGGAGUUCUGCCGAUACCCGCGGCAGCGGCAGUUCUGGUCGGACAUCCCUUGGCUCCACCUGCGCCUCCCGUUGUCCCACAACACACGGUAGUCGUGCCGACACCACCCGGCGUACUAGCGUCGUAUUAGAUCCGGAAUCCGGAUGAAGGAAGAGAUGAGAAAUCCUAAACACGAUUAAAGAAGCUCGGAAAAAUUCUUUGAGGUUGAAAUAUGACAAGAGAAACAGGAAGAAUAAGGAGAAAUAAUGGGAAAAAAUAAAGAAGACGUCUGAUAUAUGCUGUGUGUAUACUUAAUAUAUUACGAUUGUGUCGAAGAAGUGCGCCGCCGUUCGUCGUUUCCUCGAGGAAACUUGGAUUGCAGUGGUGGGAUUAUUAUUAAUGUACGCCAUAAUAUUUGAAUCACAUUAUGUGUCUCGCGUGCUGCGCGAUCCAUCUGCAAUUCUGUAGCAGCUUCAUAACCAUCUUCAUUUUGGUAAAAUUCGCAGUGAAGUUUAUUCAGGAUAAUACAAAGCGAUCGUUCGUGAUAUGCGCAUGAAACAUUAUAUAUUGGAACAUUUAAUGACUUGCUCGACUUGCGACAAUGCAGGCGGCGUAUUAUCCAAAGUUUUUGGUUUUGCUUCAUUUGUAUGCUUAUAUACUUGAUAAGUAUAUGUCGAUUGUGGUAACGAACGUAUAGGCGAUGUGUGUUCGUUUCAAAUUUGUGCAAAAGAAACAUCAAAGUGUCGGAACUUUGCGACUAUGUGAUGUCUAAUAAUUAAACAUGUAAUAGUUCUUACUUCGUUAACAUUGUACUUUAUUAAUCUUCCGUAAUUUUAAUGAAAAGGCACUAAAUAUGUAAUGUCGAUGGCGAUUGUCUCGGAUUAUUAUGUUCACAUAUUAUUUUCAUAUGAGAAGAAUGUAUAUCCGUAUGAAUUCGCCAGUAAUGAAGAAUAUUGAUGGCACGUAGUACUGUCGGGAAAAAUACAUUC